CCCAUGAUGCGGUGCGACGAUGGCUAGCUAGAUACAGCAGCGGCGGCGAAAAGUUGCCUGUUGUUGUCGUGUAUACAUCCACCAUCGCCCGCAGCGGGCAACGACACAAUGGCGACAGAGAGUACGCCGCUGCUAACAAGCACCGACGGCGAGAGCGGGCUCGUCGCGCCCGCGCGCUCCGCGCCAUGGUACGCGCCUGCGCGCCUCCUCCCGCCCCUGCACCGCGUCUACCUCAUGUCCUUCUUCGUGGCCCUCACGCUGAGCUUUACGCAGACGUCGCUCGUGUACUCUUUCCGCACGAUGACCUGCGACGAGUACUACAAGACGCACGAGUGGGACGGGGUGGGGGACCGGUGUGCGCGCAAGGAGAUUGAGGCGAGCACGGCGAAGAGCAUCACGGCGAUGGGGACAGUCAUGGUUACUGGGACCAUCAUCAACCUGUUCAAAUCAACCUACGUGAUCGAGCGCUACGGCAUCAAGAACGCGCUCGCACAGCAGACCUUCUGGGGCGCAUGCCGCAACCUAUGCCAGACGUAUGCCCAGAUCGUAGGCGGCGCGGCGGGCAUCCGCAUCAUCACCGUGUCGCAGGUGUUCAACUCCAUGGGCAGUGGAGGAGGGUACCAGCUGUGCGCGAACGGGUUCGUGUCGCUGCUGUCGUCGGACGAGGCGCGCACGGCCAACUUUGGCGUGAUCCAGGGGAUCCACAUGCUCGGCUCUGCGGUAGGCUACACUGUCGGCGGCACGAUCGAGCGCCUCCUCGGCCCACUGGCACCGUUCAACGUCGCCUUCGUGUGCCUCGUGUUCUGUACCUUCUUCGCGGCGGUCAGCCUGCCGUACAUCGACCCCAAGACGGAGAUCACGGGCAAGAACGGGCAGAGCGUGACCAAGAAGAAGAAGCGCGGCCUCUUCUCCCCGCUAAAGGUGUUCAUCCCUCGCCGGGUCACCAGCGAAAGCGGCAAGACAAAGCUCGACACAAACGUCUUCUUCCUCGGCGUGGGCACGUUCACAUCCGUCCUCGCCACGGGGUACGUCAACAUGGCGCUCCAGCUCGUCGGGACCAACGCGUUCGGGUUUACGCCCGACACGUCGGGCAUGAUGAUGAGCUGCACGCAGCUGGUGCAGGCUGGGUUCUUGAGCCUCGCCUUCCCCCGCAUCAUCGCGGCAGGCCGACGGUGGUACGCCGCGCCGGCGCACAAGGUGUGCGUGCCGUCGUCGUCUGCCUCCUCGUCCUCCUCCGCGUCGUCAACGCGCACCCUCACCAACGAUCCCUCGGACGCAGUCGACCCCGCCAACCCCGACCAGGCGGAGCUCGACGCCGCCGGCUCGACGCUGCCCGACACGCCGCAGAAGCCGACGGACGCGGCCCACGGGUCAGCCUUCGACCUUGCCUUCCUCCGCCGCUCGAUUCUCGUGGCCGCGAUCCUCACGUCGGCAGUCAGCUUCUCCAACAAGUGGUGGCACCUGUACGUUGCCGCCGCGGUGCUGCCCUUCUCGAGCGGCACCGCGCCGGCGGCCAAGGGCGUCAUGCUGGAUAUCGUCAAUGUCGAGGACCGGGCAGACGCGUUGGCGGGUAUUGCUCUGGUCGAGAAGAUUGGCCAGGUCUCCACGAUCAGCGUGUUCGGCUUCGCCUUCGCCUACCUCUCCGAGAUCGGCCGCCCGACGCUAGUCUUCGGCGUGGACGCGUUCGUCGCGCUCAUCGCGUUUGUGAUGCUGCUCCCCGUGUCGCUGCCGCGUGGUGCGGCGAGCGGAGCGGACAGGGUGUAGUGGAGUGGACCGUGGGUGGAGCGGGGCGGAAGCCCGCCCCUACCCCUCCGGUAUACCGGCACACCAUAGACUCAUAGAUGCAUAUGCAGGCAGC